AUGAACAACUAUUAUUCAUGCUUCACAAGGAAUGAUAUGUUGGCGUGGCAAACUAUACUGAACACUUCAUCACCAAUCAUUGACAACAGAGCAUUGAGCCAGUUGUUACUUGAUAUGAAAUGGACACCUGCAUUAGCUGUCAAAUGGCAAGAGUUCUAUAAUAAUGCAUCACGCGUUAACUACUUUGGUAGUGCGGGACAUUUUGAAGAGGAAUUUUUUUCCGCAUUACCUAAAUAUGAAGAUUUGAAAUCUCUGGAAUGCAGAAAAAAACAAUAG